AUGGAGAAUUCCAAGCUGGCCUUGGGCACAGAUCGCUACAGUUGGGGCUUCGGUGGAACUGCUACCAAGAGCCAUGCGGGAAACUUUGAAAAGUUCGGGCAGACCUUUGGCAAAGAUGAUGCCAUUACCUGUUGCGUGGACCUAGAAAGAAGAGCAAUUUUGUAUUUCAAGAAUGGACGUGAGAUUCCAGGUGAUUGCUUCACCUUCGGCAAGGAGCUCUCAGGUGUGCCGCUGUUCCCCCAUGUCUACACCAAAGAGGCAACCUUUUCAAUCUCCUUCGAUGGCAGUGGUGGUGCUCCUCCCUUGUCUGGAGGCUUCAAGUGGAUCUCGGAGGCGGCCCUGGUGCCGCACCCCACGCGCGUUUCAGGCGCUGGGCCCAGUGUGACGGAGCCGGCACCUGAGGCGCAGGGAGAUGAUGGGCCCAAGUUUGUGUUGACGCCCUACGGAUGGCGGACCGUGGAACAGGCCGGUGGCUUGACACAGGAGUGGCGUACCUCCUUGGAUGCCUAUGUGCGGCACUUCACGUCGAGUUUGGAACUGGAAUACGAGGCCGAGAGGCAGGCAGUGCUGGAGAAGGUGCAGAAGCGAAGUACCCGACAGCUUCAGGAUGAGGGCAUCGGUAUCGCAGGUCAGGAAGCUGUCCAGAUGGUGGACUUGGACGAGCGUGUUGCGGGUACGCCGUCAUCGAGUUCUAUGCAGAACCUGUUGGAUGCCAAGGUUGUCAUCGGCAAGGAGAAGAUGAAGACCCUCGAGCCUACAGUUACACCAGUGGUCUUUCCAACAGUGCCGAAAAGGGGCACACUGGGGAGGACCGUGAGGUUGAGGAGCGGGAGAAUAGCCUCCGAGGAUGAAGUGACCGAUAAGGUCCUGGACAAGUUGGUUGAUGAAUUGGUGCGACGCAAGGCACCGGUCCUGGACGAGAUGAAGAAGACAUUGAAUCCGACGAGGGCCAAAGAAGCAUUGUUGGGGAAGUACAGAAUUUCUACUGUACGAAGAUACCUGGCUUCGUGGCAACGCUUUAGGGAGUGGGCAGACAGCCUUGGAAGCCCCGGAGUGAAGCCCAACAGCGUGACCCUUGUGGACUAUAUGUAUGCAAGGGAGGAAGAGGGCAUGGGACCAUCUAUUUCUUUGUCCGUUAGUACGGCGGUGGCAUGGUUCGAGAGGACUGCAGGGAUCCCAGAGGAGGAUCAGUUGAUGGCCCAGACCUUUCCGCAGAUGGUGAUGAAAGAGCUCACACGGAAGCUGGAACAGAAGGCGCCCCCAGUUCGGCGAGCGCCUCGUUGGCUGGGAUGCUUCAUCGCGCCGAUGGAGACCUUGGUGGUGGAUGGUGCAACCCCCUUCGAGGUUCGCAUCUGUGCAUGGUUCAAGCUCAUAAAGCUGUGGGCCUCAAUGAGGUUUGACGACGCAGCGCAUUUGAAGACCUCUGAACUUCGCUUCUACGACGGCCAGUUGAUUGGCAUGAUGCACCAAUCGAAGACCACCGGGGCAGGGAAGAGAGUGCGAGAGCUGCCGAUCUUCAUCGCAAGAGACGCCUAUGUCUUGCAGGACGACUGGCUCUCAGUGGGCUUCGACCUUGUGAAGCUGCAGAUGCCGAGGGACAGAGUGUUUGUGUUCCCGGAAGGCUGCUUCUACGGAGUGAAGUACGGGACAUCGCAUGUUUCGUACGCCGAAGCGGUGGCAGGGAGCUCAAAGACGAUGGCAUUGUUAGAGGGGUACAGUGGCCGCUUGAUCCCUUCCGGAUGGGAAAGGUUUUGGUCAGAGCACAGUGAACGUGCAACCCUCCCAAGUGGACUGGCCGCCCUUGGUGUGGAGAAGUCAAGUCGUGACCUUCUAGGCAGAUGGUGUCCGGAGGGGUCUGACGUUUAUGUGAGGACCUACAACUCCAUUGUGAGGAAGAUGCAGAAGAAGAUUGUGGCAGUGCUCCGGGGAGAGGCAGCAUAUGAGGAGUUGGACGAAGGGUGCGUAUUGGAAGAGUUGAAGGUAUGGCUCCAUGAGAAGUGGACGGUUCCUGAAGAUCAGGCUGGCCGAGCCGUGGAGGCCUGGAAGGACAAGAUCGGAGUGAAGGGGAGGCCACAGGCGACGAUCCCGAUCUCGGAGGAGGAGACCACGAUCUAUGAUGGUUCCCAAAGUGAGAAGGAGGAGGACAACAAGGCCCAGCGCGACCCAAAGAGGAGAAAGAUGAAUGAAGCCCUCGACGAAGAGAGGGAAGGGAACUAUGUAGUCGUGUACAGGCGGGCCGGAAGGGGCACACUUCAUCGGCUAGGCGAGAAGCGUUGCUGGAUGGCCAAGAAGAGGGCCGGGGGUCGCAGCGCCGCAAGUGCAUUGGUGGGACCAGUGGAGGAAGAGGAGGGGCGGGGUCCGCGGGGUUUGGACAACCAGAAACUCUUCUACCACCAUGGAGUCACGACACUUGAGAAGUUGUCGAACUUUGCAAAGGACAGAGAGGAUCUUGCAGCGGUGCUCAAGGACCUUUGGGAGCUCGACUCAAGCAGGACUCUGGACGAAAGGGUGCAAGUGGCAGCGAUCACUUGCGCAUACAACAAUGCCAAGACCAGGAGUCAGAGAGCAGCAGAGGUCGACGCCAAGUACGACACAUUGCAGUGGUCAAGGCCGGUGGUAGCAGGGGAAUGGGCGGCAAUGCGUUCAGCUCUAGAGCAACGCUACGGCCAUUUGGACGACAAGAUCUACCCCUCGAAAGAAUAUGUCGAAAAGAAAUUGGCCGAGAUCGAAAACGGUGAAUACAGGGCUGAGGAGCUUACAGAAGUUGUGUCAAAAGAAGAAAUUGAGCCUGAUGUUGUGGUGCCUAUUUGGGACUCCAAGGGCCGUUUGGCCAUGCGCAAGGGCUCAACGAAAGUGCCCGAACCGACGAACGCCGAAGAACUCAGGCGGCGCUUGACAAGCUGGAAGAACGCAAUGGUUAUGAUUUCCCUGAAGCAUUCCAACCGGCAUGAGCUGCAGGGUGCAUGGGAGGAGACAGUCGAGCAGUACAAAGACUACCUCCUGGGCGAUUACGUCUAUGGCUUGAAUGCUAAAGAUGCUGAGGGAGAGGAACUUCACUACACCGCUGGCGCUCUACGCGAAGAGGCCGCUGCCCCCAUGGAGGGAACAGCCACCAGCAAAGUGGCCCGAUAUUUGCACCUCUUCAUCCUGCGAUGUAUCCUGGUGAGCCACACUUUGAUGGUCAAGGUUUCUUUGAAGAGGAAGGGUCAAGAUGCACCCUUACAGGAGGAAAAACGGCAGAAGGCAGCGCCCGAGAAGGUGGCGGAGAAGGUGGAGAAGGAGGCCUACCGCAUGGCAAAAGGGGGAGACAACUUCAAGCUGGUGAGAGAGGAGUCAAUUUUGCAGAGGAUCAGGCAAGUACUGGCUGAGAAGUUGGACAUUGCACGUCUGAGUGCCGCCCUGAUGAGAAUUGUUUACUGGGUGCUCGGGGAUGGUUUCCCCAAUGACAUGCUGCUCUACGCGGAUGAUUUGGAGGUCUUGACCAUGGGCCGGGAAGGGCGGAUUGGAGGAGUCCUGGCCUUUGCUCUCAUGGCAGCGCUUGGUGCCCCCUUCAAAUGGGCGAGGAUAGGACUACCACCGACUACAGAAACUUUUCCAUGGGACUUUCAGCUCGAAAGGCAUCUUGGGGCAAGAAAGGAGGUCGGAUGCCGUGAAUUUGCGGCCGGGCUCGGGAGGCUGGGCUUUUCUGCGCUGGCUUUGCCUUGGGAACGACCGCUGCUUGGGCCGCUCUACGCCUGGUCGUCAGCAAUACAAUCAAACAGGGGGGCUAUGACAAUACCAUGGUCAGUGCAGCUCAUCUUGGACUGGAUUUCACACAGGUUGAGGUCUGGUGGCAGGAUGGAGGUGGUCAAGCCACCGCCAAUGCGGGGGGACAGCUCCUUGAGGAUUUGGACUGAUGCCAAGGCGACAGAAGACGCGGCCUGGGUUGGAGGUUGGCUGGAGGAGGACGUUGACAGCAAACAGUCACAGAAGAGCUUGCCCUUUUGGUUGUUCUAUAGGGGGAGGAACCCUAAGAGAGUCAUUGCUGCAUUAGAAUUGCUUGCCACCCUGAUUGCAUUGAAGUUGUGGCUGAGGGGUGCUGGCGAUUCAGCUGUGGUGCAUGCAGAGGCUUUCACAGACAAUCGGGGAAACGCCUUCAUCCUCCGCAAGGAUCUUUCCACGAAAUACCCAGUCACCCUGUUGGUCAUUGAAGUGGCUGAGACACUUAGGCGGCUUGAUGCCUAUGCAAGCCUCACGUGGGUGAGGCGUGAUGGCAAUGAGCUGGCUGACGCGCUGACCAAUGAGGACUACAGUGCAUUCGACGUGCAGAGAAGAGAGAUAGUGGAUGAGAAAAGUUUACAGUGGUUUGUCAUGGAUGAGCUGCUAAAGGAAAGCGAACAACUUUUCAAUGAGAUAAAGGAGCACAAGAAGAGGGAAACUAAGCUUGUAGCAGGCCCAGCAAAGAGAAAGGCCAACAAGUUUUUCGGUCGGUGGAAGUCCUGA